AUGUGGGAUGAGCCAUUCCUAUAUAAGCAGUGCACAGAUCAGUUGGUACGAAGGUGUGUCCCUGAGGAGGAGAUGAAUGAAAUAUUGCAUGACUGUCAUGUCAUGCCUCCCCAUACGGAGGUCAUCACCGUGGGGAUAGAACCGCCCAAAAGGUUGGUUUAUGGGAAGGCGUUCCACUUGCCCGUUGAGCUUGAACACAAAGCCUAUUGGGCGGUUAAAAAGCUAAAUAUGGAGAUGGACUUAGCCGGUGAGAAGAGGUUGCUACAACUCAACGAGCUUGAUGAGUUUCGAUUGCAUGCAUAUGAAAAUGCCAAAUUGUAUAAAGAAAAGACCAAGAGGUGGCAUGAUAAGCACAUCCAACAUUGCAAGUUUGAGCCAGGUCAAGAAGUUCUCUUGUUUAAUUCGAGGCUAAAGCUUUUUCCCGGAAAGCUUAAAUCUCGAUGGGCGGGUCCUUUUGAAGUGGUUAGUAUGAAACCUCAUGGAGCGGUGGAAUUGUGUGACACAAGUUCCAGCGCGACAUUCUUGGUAAAUGGGUAG